AUGCCAGGCUGCGGCAAGGUGCUUUGGGCGGUUGUGGGGGCGGCUGUCGUCAUCACUUUAAUAACUGUCCCCAUGGCAAUAUAUCUGAAUAGAGAGGACGGAGGCUCCAAGAGGCCUUUUACCCUGGCAGAUUAUUUCAAUGACACAAUUAGGUAUAAAAUAUAUAAUUUGCGGUGGAUAUCAGAUAACGAAUACGUGCAUAAAACGAGACAAGGCAACAUUAUGCUUCACAAUGCUGAAACAGGGGAUUUCUUUGAAUAUAUAAGCAACAACACAUUUGAACAAGUGUAUGCCACAGACUAUAUUAUUUCUGCUGAUCGGAAAUACAUCUGCUUUGAGAGCAACUACUCCAAGCAAUGGAGACAUUCAUUCACAGCCUCUUACUCCAUCUAUGAUUAUGACAGUUCAACAUUUCUCAAGUCUGUGAACAUUCCACAAGUUGUGCAAUACUUUGCCUGGGCACCAACAGGAAACAAACUGGCUUACGUCUGGAAUUACAACAUUUAUUUGAAACCCAACGCCACUGCUGAAGCCAUACAAGUGACCCAUAAUGGAAAAGAGAAUCAGAUUCUUAACGGUGCCCCUGACUGGGUAUAUGAGGAGGAGGUUUUCUCAUCGAACGAGGCAAUAUGGUGGUCACCAACUGGAAAGUAUCUGGCUUAUGCUGAGUUUAAUGACACAGAGGUCCACACGAUCGAGUACUCUUUGUAUGGAAAUGGACAAUACCCCAGUACAGUGGUUGUCCCAUAUCCCAAGGCUGGCUCAACUAAUCCUAAGGCAAAGCUGUUUGUAGUGGACACAAUAAAUCCAUCAAGACGGACACAGGUGGUGGUGCCAGAUUCCAUUGGUGCAGGUGAUCACUAUUUGAGUUCAGUCACUUGGGUGACGGAUGAGCGCAUCGCUGUUCAGUGGACCAAGAGGAAGCAGAACCAUGUCCUUUUACAGAUCUAUGACUUUGACGGAAACAACUGGAAUGAGAACCAGGUACUUGUCACCUCACCUCAGACUCUGUGGGGCAAGGCAACACCCAUUACCUCAGGCAAGUGGGAGGUCAUCUACAUUUCAAAACUCACCAAAGACGCUAUAUACUAUGUAAGUAAUGAGUACCAAGGAAAGCCUGGACAGAGAAAUCUAUACAAGGUUAUGAUCGGAAGGAGCCACUCGGCUCCCCAGUGCCUCACCUGUGGCCUGUAUAAGGACAGGUGUCAGUACAACUCAGCCUACUUCAGCUACGAUGCCUCCUACUACCGCAUGGACUGCUAUGGACCUGGAACACCAUUGUUCACACUCAUGGACAAUAGAGGCUCAGGUAAAGAGCUCCUGGUUCUUCGUGACAACAAAGAUCUUGAAGAAAUGCUAAAAGAAUUCCAAAUGCCAACCAUGCAGCGUGGGACCCUGAGGGUAGCAGGAUUUGAUCUAUGGUAUCAGAUGAUGUUACCCCCCAAUUUCCAAAAGAACAAAAAGUACCCUCUUCUAAUUGAUGUAUAUGGAGGCCCCUGUAGUCAGAAGGCAGAUUAUCGCUACAGACUAAACUGGGGUUCGUACCUCUCCAGUACAGAGGGGAUCAUAGUGGCCAGUUUCGAUGGAAGGGGAAGCGGUUACCAAGGUGACAAAAUAAUGCACUCUAUCUACCAACGUCUUGGAACAUUUGAAGUGGAAGAUCAAAUAACGGCCACAAGAAAAUUUAUUGACAUGGGCUUUAUAGACAAAGAACGAAUAGCCAUAUGGGGUUGGUCAUAUGGUGGCUAUGUCACGUCAAUGGCUUUGGGUGCUGGAAGUGGAGUUUUCAAGUGUGGAAUUGCAGUUGCCCCAGUAGCUAAGUGGGAAUAUUAUGACUCGGUGUAUACUGAACGCUAUAUGAGUAAACCGGAGGAGAAUGCUGACUCUUACAAGAAUUCCACAGUAACAAGUAGAGCAAAGAAUUUCAAAUCAGUGAACUAUCUCCUGGUUCAUGGGACAGCUGAUGACAAUGUUCACUUCCAGCAAUCUGCACAGAUCUCCAAAGCCCUGGUUGUCCAGCAAGUUGACUUUGAGGCGAUGUGGUACACUGACAGGGAUCACGGACUUGGAGGACCUGCCUACCAUCACCUCUACACCCACAUGAGUCAAUUCUUACAGAAAUGUCUUGUCAAACCCAAGUCGAUCUAAUAACCCCUUACUAAGUUCAAUGCCUUUUCAUUGUAUCAGUACGGCAGCAUUUAUAUAGUAUAUUGCUACAAUAAAAAUGUUGACCGCUUUUCUUUAUUGAUGAUAUUCUGGACAGAGGAUUCCAUGCUAUUGAAGUCUGUAUUUUUUUUAAAUAAGUUAUAUACUGUAAUUAAUAUGUUGUUGCUUGUAAUGACUAUUUGUGUUUGAUAUGAAAUGAUUGUGCUGAUCAUAGACAAAAAUGUGGCCAUUGAAUUCACCACUAUGUACUCAAAGCCAUUGCAUGUUGGUAUAAUGGUAUUUCAUAUCAAUGACUUCAGUAAUAUUGGUUAAAAUUGUUACUGCACUGAAUUUGUUGUGUAAUGUUCAAAUCUUGUUUGUAUUUUACAUUGUAUGUCAGAUGUAUUUGCAUGUGGAAUUUAAAUAUGGUUAUAGCCAUUUUCUCAUUUGAAAAUGUUGACAAAGACUGUUAAUUGUCCUUACAUGUGUUCAAAAGGAACACAUCUUAGCGAGAGAUAUAUUGACAAACAUAUAUUGACAGACAUUUUGGAAUUCAUUAUCUUUCUAGCAUGUUUGAUACACUUCUGUAUCCUGUUUAUUCGGUAGAAAAAAGGGAAAUUAUGUAUAUGUAUGCUUAUUAGAAAUUUGUGAAAAGAUCUUAUGGUAUAUGAUUGUUCACUCUGGACAUCUUAUUGAUACAGACUGUGUGUUUUGCAUAUUAUCAUAAGAGUAUUGAACAAAUAAAAA